GAAAAGCACACAUUCCCCCAUACAAACAGACACAUGCUCAAUCUCAUGCCAGCACCCUCAGCCUGACAGCCAGGGAGAACGCACUCCUGGAUCUUACACUUGCGAGGACAGAGUGGGUAGGGGAACAGAGAACUUUCUGUAAGGAUUUGCCUUGAUCGCAGAACAAGACAAUGUCCUCCCGCCGAGAUUCACGCACCGCUCACUGGAUUUAGUAGUUCCUCAAGAUUAUUUGCCCCACAGAUUGUUCAGCGAGGCUGAGAAGCUGAGGAUGCUAUCACAAUUCCUACGGAUUCUAUAUGUCCUGCCUUUUUGCUUUUUUCAAGGCAAUUUCAUCAGGCCUGGCUCUUGUAAAGAAGAGAUAAAGUCACCCAGCAGGUCUGCAAAGCCCAUGUCACCAUCUGACUUCCUGGACAAGCUCAUGGGAAGAACCUCAGGGUAUGAUGCCCGAAUCAGGCCCAACUUUAAAGGUCCUCCAGUUAAUGUCACUUGCAACAUCUUUAUCAACAGCUUUGGAUCCAUAACAGAAACAACCAUGGAUUACCGUCUCAAUGUAUUCUUACGACAACAGUGGAAUGACCCUCGUCUGGCCUACAAGGAGUACCCUGACAACUCCCUGGACCUAGACCCAUCCAUGUUGGACUCUAUCUGGAAGCCAGACCUGUUCUUUGCGAAUGAGAAGGGUGCCAACUUUCACGAGGUCACCACAGACAACAAGCUACUGCGCAUCUUCCAGAAUGGCAAUGUAUUGUAUAGCAUCAGGCUGACGCUGAUCCUGUCCUGCCCCAUGGAUCUGAAGAAUUUCCCUAUGGAUAUUCAGACCUGCACUAUGCAGCUUGAAAGCUUUGGCUACACCAUGAACGACUUAAUCUUUGAGUGGCUGGAUGUGAGCCCUGUGCAGGUAGCUGAAGAUCUGAUGCUCCCCCAAUUUGUCCUGAAAGAGGAGAAGGACCUGGGCUAUUGCACCAAGCACUACAACACAGGCAAAUUCACCUGCAUCGAGGUGAAGUUCCACUUAGAGCGGCAGAUGGGCUACUACCUGAUCCAGAUGUAUAUCCCCAGCUUGUUGAUUGUCAUCUUGUCCUGGGUGUCCUUCUGGAUUAACAUGGAUGCAGCGCCAGCCCGGGUGGGCCUGGGUAUCACCACGGUGCUCACCAUGACAACCCAGAGCUCUGGCUCACGGGCCUCUCUUCCCAAAGUGUCCUACGUGAAGGCUAUCGACAUCUGGAUGGCGGUGUGCCUACUGUUCGUGUUCGCCGCCCUUCUGGAGUAUGCUGCUGUCAACUUUGUCUCACGGCAGCACAAAGAGUUCAUCCGGCUGAGGAAGAAGCAUCGCAGACAGAGAAUAAUCCUGGCUAGCCAACCGGGAAGCGUCGAGUCACUGCGGAAAGUGAACGACCUGCCGGGCAACGGCUCCACCUAUGGGAACCUGCACCAGCACUGCAGCACCUGCGCCAGGGAAGAGGAGCUGGUGCGGGACAGCCGUGGGUUUUACUUCCGCGGUUAUGGACUGGGCCACUGCCUGCAGGGGAAAGACGGGUCGGCCGUGGAGGGCGCCACCGUCUUCACUACCCCGCCGCCCAUGUCCGCCCUGUAUGACAGCGACUCUCUCCGCAAGAGGUUCGUGGACCGGGCCAAGCGGAUCGACACCAUAUCCAGGGCUGUCUUCCCGUUGAGUUUCCUCAUUUUCAACAUUUUCUACUGGAUCACCUACAAAGUCCUGCGACACGAAGACAUCCACGCAGCCUUGUAACCUGCUUCUA